UUUGAUGUGGCAAUAUAUACCAUUUCUUUUAAUUUUUACAUGUAUUAAGUUGUCAUGAAGAAAAAUUGUUAUUUUAGAAGAAAAGCAGCAGUUACAAUCAAUGAGAUUGUUUCACUCUGAAGCAAGUGCUGACAAGAAUCUGUUCUUUUCUAUGAAUUUAUCUGUUAUAAUCAAUUAUAUUCAACCCCUAUCAUUGUAUUCAUACCAUUUGCCUAAUAAAUAAAUAAAAUGUGGUGGGACCACAUUUGUUAGAAGGAAAAAUAAAUAAAUAAAAAGAAAGAAAGAAAGAAAGAAGCAUAGGGAACAGCUCUAUUGUGAGAGUUGGUCCUCUAUGGAAGACUGCUUCCAAUGGGAGUCUCCUACAAGGGUCGUCUCCAGGGGGGAUAAGAGACCCCAUAGUAGGUGCCAUUAGGACUUCAGUAGUUGACUUGUUACUUGUUUAUCAGCUGAAUUGGAAAUUUAAUGGGGUCCAAGCUCUUUUGCAUUAUCAUCUGUCAGGAUGCUUUCUUUAUAUUCAAAUUCAUCCUUGAAUUUGUUCUGAUUAAUUGUGUAUUUUCUGCUGUUACAGCAUAUUCAAAAGCUCAUUAUCUAUCUUCAUCUUUGAGGCACUUGGUGCUUGGUUUUGCGUCAUCAAUCAGUCUUGUAUGGGACUGGCACUUGAUUCCUAUCAGAGUCACUAUCAGUUUUCUGAUACUUAGGUGCUUAGCCCUUUGUGUGGUAGAAGUUUCUUCUGUAUAUAGUUUCUAUGUGCCUUGACUUCAGAUAUCUACAAUACAUUACAAAAAUCUGUGAAAGAUCAUUUAAGUGAAUUGCUACUUAUGUAAUGCAUACUAAUUUGCUGUUGCAUCUUAGUUAUCAUCUUAUGAUUGAAGUUUUUAUUAUUUUGGCAAGUGAAGGUUUUUGUUUUGUCUUCUUGGUUCUGCUGAAAUUUUCUGGUCAAGAGAACGUGUGGUAGACUUGGCUCCCUGAUUUUGUUUCAAUUGACCACCGAAGCUGUUGCUUUGCUUCUGCAUUGAGUUGUUUCUGUAUUCACACCUUUUUUUUCAAGUAUUCUAGUUUUUCCUAAUUUAUUAUAUUUUAUUUUUCAUUAGAUAGAUCAGCCAGCUGCAACAGAACCUCCUGCUGAGAAGGCCCCCAGGAAACGUAUAUGAAAAGUUCCAGAAAAGAACAGGCAUUUUUAUGUAGCUUGUGUUGCAUGAAGACUGGAAAAAUGGGGGAGCUAUCAAGAACAAGGAUACAAGGAUACCUCCAUUUGUAAAUUUUAGGCAUUCAAAAGACAUUUUCAAUGCAUUGGUCUUCAUUCUCAUUGAUCAAAUGCACUUUUUGAAGUUUUUUCAAAAUUUUCAUUCACCUCAUAGAAGGCAUUUAACAUUAACGGGAAGCUACUGUGGAAGAAAAUGAACAUGCAGAAGCAAUGUAGCGGGUAAUUUCCAUGACGCACAAACCUUACCAUUAGUUUCUACCUUCUAUGAUUUAUCCUCCUUUUCUGGUGUUUCACUUUGCAGACAAGAAACAGAGUCACGUUAAUAUAGAUAAUUACCCUUGUUGAAUUAAAAUUAAUUGAAGUCA